AGUAAUAAACGAGUUUUGUAUUUCAAAUUUGAUAAAACUUUUACAAAAAAAACAACAACAACAGAGAAAGUUUUAACAUUUUCAUUUAGAAUAUAUUCUAAAUAUACGGUAGGUAAGUAUGAGGAUCUGUUGAAGGAACACGAGAACUUAAUCAAAACGCUGGAGGUUCUUGAGAAGAAGCAGACAGAGACUGUGGUGGCUAAGGAAGAGGUUAAACACUGGGAGACCAAGUAUGGCGAAUUGCAUAAGAAGUAUGGUGAAUUGAAGGAGAUGCUAGAGAAGCUUGAAAAGGCUGUCGAAUAUUUGAACUCUUCUGAUGAAGUCGGUGUGGAUUCAGGUGUGAUAGAGAUCAGUAGGUACGAGGAAGGAAACCAAAGAGAGGAGAGCAACGGAGAAGCAGAGAGAGAGAGAGAGAGAGAGAGAGAGAGUCUACUAGUACUUGACGGUUAGAUAUAAGUAGUACUAUGAGUCUCUGUAUGUAAUGAUGUUGUUUUUGGCAGGGAGAUGGAAUGUUUUUGGAGACGAACGUUUUGUAUGGUGAGUGGAAACUAGCCUAACAAAAUGUGUUGUUAGGGAAGCAGCUUAUAUCCCAUAAUCCUACUUUGAGAUGGUUCUGUAUAAACAGUAGUUAAACAAGAGA